AUGUGUGAUGUCCCUCUAAUGUACGCGGGACUUUGCUCCAAAUUGGAUGAAGACGAGUACGUCGAAUUCAAAAUGCACCUGAAAAACGCUUCCUAUGAGAUCUCACAAAGGAACGAAGGAGAGGUCAUGGUGCGCCAAACCCAACCGCUAAGCCAGACCAUUUGUGCGUUUCUGAACACGGAUGGUGGCCGCCUUUAUAUCGGGAUUGAUGAUACUGGAAUGAUUCGCGGUGUUCAUUUGAACAACGAUAUGAAAGACCACUAUUUAGCGUCAUUAAGCGAAUGUCUCUACCACUUUGUGCCACCAGUUCCACCUGAGCUCAUUAAAGUUGGCUUCAUCAGAGUACACGAAUUCGGCCGCCUUAAUAAGCGCCCAGAUCCUGAUUGGCCUACUGAGAAACCUAAUGACUAUCGUGGUGCUUUUGCUGCAGAUAUAAAAUAUGUGUGCGACAAAGAACAUUUGCUCGGAAAGCAGAAAUGUCCAUGUCAACUGGGUGUAAAUGACGAAACGAAUCGCUACUUAGUAGUUGUAAAGGUUUUGCCAGAUCCCAGACAUGUGAUUUAUCGGAACGAUGAAGGCCUUGUAUUCUUUCGGCGUCAUGGUUCAAACAAAAUGAUACCAAUCGCCGAUCUGAUAACGUUCCAUAAUACACUCUACAUAGAGGAGUAA